AUGGGCCCAGUAGGUUCGGGGAACGAUGAGAACCAGACAGUGGAGGAAGAGGUAAAAGUAAAGCUGUAUGGGCCAAGGAAAACCACUCCUUCAGAUGAACUGACCUCUGGCGCUGAACCAGAACUAAGAGACAGCACCAAGCUGAUUGAGGUCCAGAUUGUCCUCAUAAUGGCCUAUUGCUCCAUCAUCUUGCUUGGAGUGAUUGGAAACUCCUUAGUGAUUCACGUGGUAGUCAAGUUCAAGAACAUGCGCACAGUCACCAACUUUUUCAUUGCCAAUCUUGCUGUGGCUGACCUUCUGGUGAACACCCUGUGCCUACCAUUCACUCUCUCCUAUACUUUAAUGGGAGAGUGGAAAAUGGGCCCUGUCCUUUGCCAUCUGGUGCCCUAUGCACAGGGCCUGGCAGUGCAGGUAUCCACCAUCACCUUGACAGUGAUUGCCCUGGACCGACAUCGAUGCAUUGUCUAUCACCUGGAGAGCAAGAUCUCUAAGAACAUCAGCUUUCUGAUCAUCGGCGUGGCCUGGGGCAUCAGUGCCUUACUAGCAAGCCCCCUGGCCAUCUUCCGGGAAUAUUCACUGAUUGAGAUCUUCCCAGAUUUUGAGAUCACAGCUUGUACUGAAAAGUGGCCCCAGGAGAAGCUAAACUACGGCACUGUCUACAGCAUUUCCUCCUUGUUAGUCCUGUAUCUGUUGCCUUUGUGCAUCAUCUCUGUUUCCUACAUUCGCAUCUGGAGUAAACUUAAGAAGCACGUGAGGCCUGGAGCUGCAAAGGAUCACCACCAUCAUCGAAGGCAGAAAACCACUAAAAUGCUGGUGUGUGUGGUGGUGGUGUUUGCAGUCAGCUGGUUACCCUUGCAUGCUUUCCAACUCACUGUUGACAUUAACAGUCACGUGUUAGAACUAAAAGAAUACAAACUCAUCUUCACAGUGUUCCACAUUAUUGCUAUGUGCUCCACCUUUGCCAACCCCCUGCUCUACGGCUGGAUGAACAGCAACUACAGGAAGGCUUUUCUCUCAGCCUUCCACUGUGAGCAGAGGUUGGACUCCAUUCACUCUGAGGUGUCUGAGACAUGCAAGGCUAAAAAGAACUUGACAGUCAAAAUGAAUAGUGACCCCAAUGACUCUUUCACCGAGGCUACAAAUGUGUAA